GAAGCUCGCGCCGCCGCCGCCGCCGCCGCCGCCGCCGCGCAGCUCCCCCGGGCGCGUCCAGGACCCGCUGCGCCAGGCUCGCCAUCCCCGGACCCGGCGUGCGCCCCCACGAAGACAGCGACCCCGCCGCUCGACCCGCCUCUCCUCCCCGCUUCCUGCCACCUUCGCCACCCACGGCGAGGGGCCCAGGAGACGCCGAGCCUGCCCUCGCCCCCGGCCCCGCCACCCUCCCGCCGCUUUGCGCGGCAUGGAUGCCCCGGAGCCGCAGCCCGACCCCGACGGCGGGGACGCCCCGGGCCACGAGCCUGGGGGCAGCCCCCAAGACGAGUUCGACUUCUCCAUCCUCUUCGAUUAUGACUAUUUGAAUCCUAUCCCAGAAGAACCGAAUGCACAUAAGGUCGCCAGCCCACCCUCCGGACUCGCAUACCCUGAUGAUGUACUGGACUAUGGCCUCAAGCCAUACAGCCCCCUAGCCAGUCUCUCUGGCGAGCCCCCCAGCCGAUUGGGAGAGCCGGAUAGGGUGGGGCCCCAGAACUUUCUGAGCCCGGCGGCCAAGCCAACAGGGGCCUCGGGCCUGAGCCCUCGGAUCGAGAUCACUCCAUCCCACGAACUGAUGCAGGCAGGGGGGCCCUUCCGUGUGAGAGACACUGGCCUCCUGGUGGAGCAGCCGCCCCUGCCAGGGGUGGUGGCCGCCAGCCCGAGGUUCACGCUGCCUGUGCCCGGCUUCGAGGGCUACCGCGAGCCGCUUUGCUUGAGCCCCGCUAGCAGCGGCUCCUCUGCCAGCUUCAUUUCCGACACCUUCUCCCCCUACACCUCGCCCUGCGUCUCGCCCAAUAACGGCGGGCCCGACGACCUGUGUCCCCAGUUUCAAAACAUCCCUGCUCAUUAUUCCCCCAGAACCUCGCCAAUAAUGUCACCUCGAACCGGCCUCGCUGAGGACAGCUGCCUGGGCCGCCACUCGCCCGUGCCCCGUCCGGCCUCCCGCUCCUCAUCGCCUGGUGCCAAGCGGAGGCAUUCGUGCGCCGGGGCCUUGGUUGCCCCGCUGCCCGGAGCCUCACCCCAGCGCUCGCGGAGCCCCUCGCCACAGCCCCGGGACGACGGCACCCCCGCUGGGUACCCCCCGACGGCUGGCUCUGCCGUCCUCAUGGAUGCCCUGAACAGCCUCGCCGCUGACUCGCCCUGUGGGAUCCCCCCCAAGAUGUGGAAGACCAGCCCCGACCCGUCGCCGGUGUCGGCUGCCCCCUCCAAGGCUGGCCUGCCCCGGCACAUCUACCCAGCGGUGGAGUUCCUGGGGCCCUGCGAGCAGGAGGAGAGGAGGAACUCAGCCCCCGAGUCCAUCUUGCUGGUGCCGCCCACUUGGCCCAAGCAGCUCGUGCCUGCCAUUCCCAUCUGCAGCAUCCCAGUGACUGCAUCCCUCCCUCCGCUUGAGUGGCCACUCUCCCACCAGUCAGGCUCUUAUGAACUGCGGAUUGAGGUGCAGCCCAAGCCACAUCACCGGGCCCACUACGAGACGGAGGGCAGCCGAGGGGCCGUCAAAGCUCCGACUGGUGGCCAUCCUGUGGUUCAGCUCCAUGGCUACAUGGAAAACAAGCCCCUGGGGCUUCAGAUCUUCAUUGGGACGGCCGACGAGCGCAUCCUUAAGCCCCACGCCUUCUACCAGGUGCACCGGAUCACGGGGAAAACUGUCACCACCACCAGCUAUGAGAAGAUCGUGGGCAACACCAAAGUCCUGGAGAUCCCCCUGGAGCCAAAAAACAAUAUGAGGGCCACCAUCGACUGUGCGGGGAUUCUGAAGCUUAGGAAUGCGGACAUUGAGCUGCGGAAAGGCGAGACAGACAUUGGGAGAAAGAACACGCGAGUGAGGCUGGUUUUCCGGGUGCACAUUCCAGAGUCCAGCGGAAGGAUUGUCUCCUUGCAGACAGCGUCUAACCCCAUCGAAUGCUCCCAGCGCUCUGCCCACGAGCUGCCCAUGGUGGAAAGACAAGACAUCGACAGCUGCCUGGUGUACGGGGGCCAGCAGAUGAUCCUCACGGGACAGAACUUCACGGCCGAGUCCAAAGUCGUGUUUACGGAGAAGACCACAGAUGGGCAGCAAAUUUGGGAGAUGGAGGCCACGGUGGAUAAAGACAAGAGCCAGCCUAACAUGCUUUUUGUUGAGAUCCCUGAGUAUCGGAACAAGCACAUUCGGACGUCGGUGAAGGUCAACUUCUACGUCAUCAACGGGAAAAGAAAACGAAGUCAGCCUCAGCACUUUACCUACCAUCCAGUCCCAGCCAUCAAGACGGAGCCCACCGAUGAAUACGACCCCACCUUGAUCUGCAGCCCCGCCCACGGGGGCCUGGGGAGCCAGCCUUACUACCCACAGCACCCAAUGGUGGCCGAGUCCCCCUCCUGCCUCGUGGCCACCAUGGCUCCCUGCCAGCAAUUCCGCUCUGGGCUCUCGUCCCCCGAUGCCCGCUACCAGCAGCAGAACCCAGCAGCCGUCCUCUACCAGCGGAGCAAGAGCCUGAGCCCCAGCCUGCUGGGCUACCAGCAGCCGGCCCUCAUGGCUGCGCCCCUGUCCCUUGCGGACGCCCACCGCUCUGUGCUGGUGCAUGCCGGCUCCCAGGGCCAGAGCUCGGCCCUGCUCCACUCCAGUCCCACCAACCAGCAGGCCUCGCCAGUGAUCCACUACUCACCCACUAACCAGCAGCUGCGCUGUGGAAGCCACCAGGAAUUCCAGCACAUCAUGUACUGCGAGAAUUUCGCACCCGGCACCACCAGGCCCGGCCCACCCCCUGUCAGUCAAGGUCAGAGGCUGAGCCCGGGGUCCUACCCCACGGUCAUUCAGCAGCAGAAUGCCACAAGCCAAAGAGCAGCCAAAAACGGACCCCCGGUCAGUGACCAAAAGGAAGUGUUACCCACGGGAGUGACAAUUAAACAGGAGCAGAACUUGGACCAGACCUACUUGGAUGAUGAGCUGAUAGACACACACCUUAGCUGGAUACAAAACAUAUUAUGAAACAGAAUGACUGUGAUCUUUGAUCCGAGAAAUCAAAGUUAAAGUUAAUGAAAUUAUCAGGAAGGAGUUUUCAGGACCUCCCGCCCGAAAUCAGACGUAGAAGAAGCCAUUAGCAAGACACCUAUCCUAGCUGACCCCUGGAGCCUUCCACGGCCCCUUCUCCUGGCCUCUCUAGUAUCCAUCUUCCGGCCCGGAGGCCACGUGGGACCAUGGACUGGCCGAACACGAACUCCUUAUUCAGGACUCACCACCUCUCUCUGUGAACAUCAGAGAGCACACCACUCUGCCUUUUGAGUUCUGUUCUAAAUCCCAAAGAGCAUCUUGGUUGACUUUCAUGGUGUCCCAUCCAAACCUUAAGUGCCUGCUGACCCCAAACACAUUCUGCACAAGACCGCCCACUGGAACCCGCCCAAGAACGGAUAGCCUGGAGCCGGGGGCGCAGGCUGGGGAGGGGGCCGGAAGAUGGGGGCACGGUGAUUAAACCCCAGCCCUUGCAUUCAUUUUUUCAGGUCACAGAUACAGCUCUUGUACCUUUUGAAGGAAAGGAGUUCCCAAACAGAGCAACCCAAGGAAUGGGGCACAAGAGUCCGGCUUACAGGCUGAAGAAAACCAGAGAAGCCGGGACCAUCCAUCCUUAGGGAAUCGCCCGUUCCACAGUGGGGCCACCGCUAAAGCUUCAUUUUUAAAUUUUCUGAUGCUGAAGCAAAAACUGUCUGGCUCAUACAAGAUCACCUGUUAAAACUUCCCGGCUUUAAGUUAUGUGUACUUUUUCCCCCUCCUCUGCUUCAAAAAGCUGGCCAAAGGUGGCCAGAGGGGGGGCGCUCGCGGCCAGCAUCUUCGUCCUGCAGCUGGAAGCUCACAGACUGGAGGAGGACACCUGGGCGGCUGGGUCCAGGCAAGCUGCACAGCUUUUUGAUGUUCCUGCUUGCUUUCUUCUACCAGCCAAAGUGCUUUUACAUAAAGUAGCUAAGAAGAAUCUCAAGCAUGUGCGUUGAAUUUUGAGAAGAAAUGGCAGAUGGGCAAAAGCAACCCCCCCCCCCAAAAAGUGCAGGUAUUUUUAUUAAGUACAACUGUUGUGAAAUGUGGCCAUUGGCGGGCCUAAGUGUUUCCGUGGGUGGGUUCCCCCACAACAGAGGAAAACGGCUCAAUUCCUUCUCUGACCUAGACUCAAAGUGAGACCCUCAGGCUCAGGAUUUAGUCCCUAAGUUCAGGGGUUAUUUUUACCUGAACCCACUGCAACCCCUCCUCGGCCCCCAAAGACGCAUCUGCAUUCGCUGCUUCAUCACAAGAGUGACCUGAGUAGAAACGAAUCCACUCAUGCACCCCACUUAGCUCUGCUCAGACCACCUGCAGGGGCUGCACGAUUCCUCCCCCCACCCCAGUCUCUCCACAGAGCACGCCCACGGUCCGUCCCCCGGAGUCUUCCUCCUUUGGUGCAGUUUUUGCAAACAAAUAAAACCCUCAAAGUUCUUGGCGGGUGAGUUUUUAACCACACUGAUGUGUGCGUUUCCAUUUACGGCAGACACCCCAGGACAAGCUGGGGUUUCCUUUUCGGCCAUUGAAUUGCUUGCCCAGGAAUCCACACAGAGUGUAAGUAUUGCUCGCACUCUUUAGAAGGCUGCCCUUAGCAGGUGUGAUUGAGACAUCACUCUAAGAAAAGGAUCAUGGCAGUUAAGGGCCCUAAGUCCUAGCUUUCUCAAGUCUACCCACAGGUAAAACCUUCCUGAGGACUGGGCCGGGAACCCUGGGCUUGGCGACCAGGGCCCGGUGUGUUUGUUCCUCCAGAGACAGGACAGAAAGCCCAGGAUGGGGGCCUUUGCAGCCACGUGUAUGUAACCUUCGGGUCAAGACCUAGCAUUUCUUUUCCUCCCAAACAACAGGGGACUUUUCCGCCCACCCCAAGCCGAGUUUAGCAAAAUUCUUUGAAACAGAAUGCCAGUAGGAAGCUGACUGCAAAAUUCUUUCUCAUUAAUAAUAAGUUCCUUAUACAAGCAGCUUUACCUAAAGAACUGUCUCUCCAGCACUCUUGACUUCCCGGGGGAAGGGUUAAAGCGUCUGGUGAGUGAUUUGUUCUCACUUGAUUGGCGAGGAGCCGUGUUUUGCACAUGAGGGAACUGGGCUUUUCCUCGGUUAUCUGAAUGUCUGACCCAAGUGCCUUCCUGCUAUUGUAGCAAAAUCGCUCAGCUUCACCGUGCACGGGGGUGAAAAAGGACUAACGCGUUUCCAUCGCUAUUCUAGCCCUGUUAGUGAGAAGGGCCUCCUGGUAGUUUACGUUCCUGUACAUCUAUCUGUACGUGUGUGUGUGUGAUACACACACCAACUCGUUUUUAUUUUUUAAAGACAGCCUAGCUGGAUAUUAUAGGAAGCACUUUCAUACGCCAACUAUACCAAAUAGCAAAGGAAAGAGGAACAGAAGCAUUAGAGACAAACAGGCAAGAGAACGUGUAUCAGGACUGGACGGCAAUCGAGAAAGUUCUGUCGGUCACAGACGCCAGGAGGAGGUUUUGCCAAGGGCAAGUUGCUCGAGAAGUAUUUCCAGUUUGGGAAGAGGCAAUAGAUCCUCUAAGAGAAGGAGAAAGGAAGGAUGUCUCACCGGUCGUUGGGUGUGUCGCAUGUGUUCUAGAGGGAUCUGUUAGGUCGAGGUUUGCACUUGCUACAUCCAAAGCAAUGUAAAUAUGUAGCACUUCCAACGGAAAUCUACCCUGUUGCUGAAUGUAGUAUAUUUCCAAAGUUUGCAAGUCUUCCUAUAUUGUACAAAAAUAACUGCUGCUUGAUAAUAUAUAAUAGCAACCCAAAUUCGUAUGUUAUUAAAUUUUAUUUUCUUACCUGUAUUUUUAUGCUUUUUCUCUGUCCUCAAAAUAUCACAUCCUGGUUGGAGUUAGAAAAUAUUUAUAAGUGGUCAGAAAUCUUUUUAAGUGUCUCUUUUUACAAAUAUGUGGAUGGGUUUUUUUUCUCCCCCUAAGAGAAAACGAUGUAUUCUUGAAGACUUGUUAAUCAUUCCAGGAAAACAAUCGAAAAAACAAAACCCCACCUCAGAGCCUGUCAGUCACCUGUCUCCUACAAGACAGCAUCUCCAGAGAACGGAGGAGGGAUGGCUCUGGAGGAAGGAAGCACCUGUCUGUUGCUCGAGGACACAGCUGACUUCAGUUCCGAGCCUCCAUCUGGUCAAUGAGGAGAACUUUCAAGUGUUUAGAUCCCCCACCAGAAGUGACCGAGUAGUAUUUUUGACUUAACAAGACUGCCCGGAUUGUAAUGGGGAUUCUAAAAAAGUCCACGUUCACAGACGUGCAGGCUAACGUUUACAGAGCUGACCGAAUCCUGGGAGAUAAACCCCUGUACGCAUUACUCCAAGGACAUCCAGAGUUUUCCAGCAAAGACACAGCCUAGGCGAACCAAGUCAUUUCCUUCUAACAACUGGGAAGCACUGAUGUAGCCUUUCUUGUUUACAUCUGGUGGCCAAGCCAUCCCUCUCAGGAAGCCAGUCUUGGCCAGCGCGGGAGCUGUCACACAUAGACAGAUCGAAGCUGAGGAGCUCCGAUUUGUCACUCUGGACUGAAGGGAGGCUGAGUUUAUUUUCAUGUCAAACCGUUUCCAAGUGCUUUUUAUUUGUUGAGAAUUGAAGGAACGUCAGGGCUCUGGUUAACAACUUUGUUUGCUUUAUGUUUGUAAGAGGCACGGGGGUGGUGACAUUCUUGACAAACUGGGGUAAACUUUCCUGAACUCACUUUUGGAGGGCCAGCCCCUUAGCAGGUACCCAACACAUGGUAACCUUGGGUUUUCCCACACUUGGGGCUUGGGCAUUAAACCUCAUGGAGCCAAGCCAGCGAAGGAAAAUGGUUUUCCUGCAGCCCAACUAAAUGCUUGAGAAAAAGAAGCAUCACAAGAAACUGUAAUUACAAACAUCAAUUUCCCUAAGCUUUCACAAAUGCCUUGAGUUACAGCCAACAUCACUGCCUUAACUCAGUUUGUUUAAAGACAAACUUUUCGGAUGAUUGGCGAGCUAGGGGCACUCCCCAAGCCAGCUCCUCUGAAAGUGAGCAGGGGUGUUGGGUGCUGGAAGAAAGGUUUGACGCCCUGCCUUUACGCAGUGGCUGGCCAAUGAGAAUGAACUCCACCUGCUUCACUCAGGCUUUGGAUGCAAAUGAUGCUGUUUCGAUUAGGAGGUGCUUUCAGCACUUUGAUGGGCCUGAGCAGACAGAGGCUGUGGCUGGGACCAGCUUAGCAUCCUGACACAUUUUGUCAAAGAACCUCACUUAUCCCUGUUGCCUCUACAGCCCUCAGAGGGGAGAAAAAGUUGAGAAUGUCCUCUCCAACAAAUAAAGAGUCUCUCCCACGGGGUGGUGCUAGAAGGCUUAGGUUUUGAAAAUCUUGACUGUUAAAAGGAGUUUGAAUACAUCACAUUCCUAGGUAAGACGUUUUUAAUCUCCAGUUUAAUGUAGUUUAUUUUUGCUAUAUGUAAAGUAUUUUUAUACGGCUUGUAUCAUGAUAGUUUAGCAAUAAAACAGUUGAAAGCA